AUGGCACAACUCGUCGGCAAAUAUGCCGCCAACAAGCUACUCAAGAAGCAAAUGGCCAAAUACGAGUCGAAGAAAGUCACAGGCGGAGAGGACCCCUACUUCGCCAUGAUCGAAGACCCGCGCAAACCCGGCAAACUCAAGAAAGUCAAGAAACAAGUCCCCUCCUACAUUCCCGAGCACGACGCCGCGAUCCUCGCCUCCGUCCGCCGCCGCGCCUACCACCUCGAUUGCUCUCUCUUCUCCCUCUUCGGCAUGCGAUUCGGCUGGGAGUCCGUGAUCGGAAUCAUUCCCGUGGCCGGAGACGUCAUCGGCGUAGCCUUGGCUCUCAUGAUCGUCAAGAAAGCGCGCACGAUUGAAGGAGGGUUGGCUCAGGGGGUGUUGAUACAGAUGUUGAUCAACGUCGCUUUGGACUUCCUUGUGGGUCUGAUUCCCUUCCUGGGAGAUCUGGCGGACGCGGCGUUCAAGGCGAAUACCAAGAAUUUGCGACUGCUGGAAGAGGUGUUGGAUAAGAAGUACAAACCUUCCGAGUUGAAGACUGAUCCGAGGAAUACGCCUGGGUUGGACCCGCAGACGAGGAAGCAGAAUCGGAAGUCGGGCAUCUAUCACCCCAUGGACCCACCGCCGGCCACUGCUUGGGAGGAUAGUGAUGUGGAGGAGGAAUACAGACCGCAUGGAAAUGGUGUGCAGGCUGCUCCUGCUGGUGGAAGACAGCCGGGAUUCGGUCCGGGUGGUCAAGCCGCUCCGAUGAUGGACGGCGCGAAUCGUGCGCCGCCGCAGGAUAGGAGAGCGCAGCAGAGCCAGCCGAUGAGAUGA